ACUAAGGACAAAAUCAUUGCUAAAUCUAAAAAAUAUAUAAUAAAUGUAUUUUGAACUGACUUAACUUAUUGAGUGAAAUUGUGCCGGAAUGAGCUGGGAAGAGGAGGCAAUUCAGAAAGUGAAAAGCGCUGAAAAAUUAUACAAGAAAGGACUAAAGACGAAAAAGAAAAAAUGCAGCGAAAAAAUAGAAAGCGCGGGGAAACUGUACACGCAGGCGGGUCAUGAUUACGUCAGAGCAGAACUGGGUGGCAAAGCUGCCGAAUGUUUCAUCAAAGGAGCUACGAUAAUCACAGAAGCAGGAGGUCCAAUGGCAGCUCAAAAUGCAGCCGAAAACUACCUGGAAGCGGGGAAUAUUCUGAUCGAGUCAGAGCCAGAGAAAGGCAUUGAGUACAUAGAGAAAACAAUCAGUUUGUACGUACAGCGAGACCAGAGGGCGAGGGCUGCAAAACAGCUGGAGAAGAUAGCCAAAGUAUGUGAACAGAAACUGGACGACAAACGGAAGGCCAUGAAAUGUUUAGAGCAGGCAUCUCAGCUGUUCAAAGACGACAAGUCACCCUCGACUGCUAACACAUGCAUCCUAAAUGCAGCCAAUCUUGCUGUGGAAAUAUCGGAUUUCGAAUCAGGUCUCAAGCAUUUCUCACAAGUCGCCAAUUUCACCUCGCAAAGCAAACUACUGCAGUUUGGAUCGAACGCGUAUUAUAUGAAAGCUGUGUUAUGUGCACUGGCCAUAGAUUUUGUCCGAGCUAAAAACGUUAUUCACGAAUUGACUGCGGAAUCUGAGUUUGAAGAUUCUCGUGAGUUCGUGUUCUGCUCGAAAGUAAUCCGCUUUGUCGAAAAAAGAAAGCUGCAAAUGUAUAAAACUAGGGUGAAGAAAUUCGAAGAGUUUUCGAUUAUGGAUGAGCAGACAAAAACUCUUUUAAAGAGAAUUGAGCAGAAUAUCAUAGGAGACAGCAACGACGAGGGCGGGGAGUUAAGAAUAGACAACGAUCGGGAUAUUGAUGAUAGUCUGGAAGAUACAACACGUGACUCAAGUGCAGUCGAAGCUCUGACAGAACACCAUGGACUCGAGAAGAAACAAGAAACUGUUAACCGUAAAAUAAGUUUCGACGAAGAUGAUCUGUUUUAA